GGCCGACAGAAUUCUGCAAGCCGGCCACGUGGUAGCGAACUACGAGGAGUUUUAGGGAUCUGAAGGCCAAAAAAAUUGGGAGGUUUGCAGGACUUAGAGGAAUCGCUUGGGAUGAAGCUGAGUCUUACUAAGGUAGCUAAUGGCUGUCGCCUAGGAAAAAUAACAAACCUGGGUAAAACUGGGGACCGCACCAUGGACAUUCCAGGCUGCCUUCUUUACACCAAGACUGGCUCCGCCCCACACCUGACUGAUCAUACUCUUCAUAAUAUCCACAGAGUUCCAGCAAUGGCUCAGCUCACACUGUCAUCACUGGCAGAACAUCAUGAAGUCUUGGCAGAAUAUAAGGAAGGAGUGGGAAAGUUUAUAGGCAUGCCAGAAUCACUCUUGUACUGCUCCCUGCACGAUCCAGUCAACCCUUGCCCAGCUGGUUAUGUAACAAACAAGUCUGUGUCUGUGUGGGGUGUCGGAGGCCGAGUGGAAAUGACUGCUUCCAAGUUCAUGGCAAUUCAGCAGGCCCUUCAGCCAGACUGGUUCCAGUGCCUCUCAGAUGGAGAGGCAUCUUGCAUGGAAGCAACUUCUAUAAAAAGAGCCAGAAAGUCUGUUGACCGAUCUCUUCUGUUCCUAGAUAAUUGUCUGCGACUACGGGAAGAAUCAGAGGUCCUUCAGAAAAGUGUGAUCAUUGGAGUGAUUGAAGGUGGAGACGUGAUGGAGGAGAGGCUACGGUCAGCACGGGAGACAGCCAAGCGCCCCGUAGGUGGCUUCCUUCUGGAUGGCUUUCAAGGGAAUCCCACCACCCUGGAGACUAGACUGCACUUGCUUUCAUCAGUCACUGCGGAGCUGCCAGAGGACAAGCCAAGGCUUAUCUGUGGUGUUAGCCGGCCAGAUGAGGUGCUCGAGUGUAUUGAAAGAGGAGUGGACUUAUUCGAGAGUUUCUUUCCUUAUCAAGUGACAGAUCGGGGAUGUGCCCUGACUUUCAGCUUUGAUUACCAGCCGAAUCCUGAAGAGACAUUGCUACAACAAAAUGGGACACAAGAAGAAAUAAGAUAUCUGACUCAAACAAAGAAAGUUAAAACAACUGGAUGCACUGAAGAAAUGACAUUGUUUGAAAUUAAUCUGAAGGAAGAAAAGUACCAGGAGGACUUUGGCCCGCUGGUGAGAGGCUGUUCCUGUUACUGCUGUACAAAUCACACUCGGGCAUACAUCCACCACCUACUGGUGACCAAUGAGCUGCUGGCUGGGGUCCUCCUUAUGAUGCACAACUUUGAACACUACUUUGGAUUUUUCCACUCCAUCCGGGAAGCGCUAAAAAGUGACCGACUGGCACAGUUGAAAGAGCUCAUCUGCAGGCAAACAUCUUGAAACUUGACAAACUCAAGUCUGACUCUUAACACUGAGCCAGUGAUACUGUUAUAAGGUGGGAAGAAGAGAAGAACUGGUGUUAGCUUUAAUCAUUUAUAUUUGGGAAUAAGGUCUGCCCAAAUAAGGAAUGUCUAUACAAGCUCUGCCUUUGUGAGGCUGAAGAGAUUUCAUCUGAAGACUUAAAUGACGGGGAUUAAUCAGAGAGAACUGAACCAUGACCUUUAACAUUUCUAGGCUAACUCUUUUAGUCAAUAGAAUUCACUAGGCUAUUAAAGGCAAAGCUAUCGCUGCAAGGGGAAAGCCUCAGUGUGGGGGCGAUGAGAUCUGAGGGCCUACUGAAUUGGAUUGGGGGUUGAAAAGAGAGGACUGUCGUGAGUAGCACGACCUCUGUGGACACAUGCCUGCAGGUGGAGAAGGAAUCUGGCUGAGUUGAGAGUUUUCUUUAUAUUGACCCUUAUACUCUCAGGAGACUCUUUUGAACACUUCUGUUUUCCAAGCUGGCAGGGCAAUCAAACAGAAAUGUUCUCAUGACUUAAUAGGUCGCAUCUCUCUAGACUGUGGAACCUACCCAUUAUUCCUGUGAUCCAUUGGCCCAGGCCAUACUCCUUCAUUUGGCCAUGUGGUUUAUUUGUGACUUGUCUUCCUAGAGUUGAUGUAGUUACUUAUCAGGAACUGAAAGUUUGGUCUGCCCUUCAGCCUCAUUCAGAGUCUAACCACCUAGUAGCUGUAGCCCCAUCACUUAUGGAGAUUUAGUCUCAGUGUGUUCACUGCGCCGGUCUCUGGUCUGGCAAUUAGAGGAUCGGGUAUCAGUCCUACUCAGCUGUGAAGCCCGAGCAAAUCACUUCCCCUCUCCAUUCCUAUUUUCUCCUGAAUAAAUGGGGAUAGGAGUAGUGGAUAGGGCUAAAUGAACUUCUAAGAUUCCAUCUAGCUCUGAAUUUUAAGAAACAAAAAGUUUUAGAUUAGAGUCAUAACCUCACUUGCCUUCCUUGUUUAUUGAUCACUGUAGACCUAGUGAAAAAUGCAACAGAGCCAAGAGUGAGGCAACAGCAGAGAUAGUGAGAGACUAAAAUGUUUGGCCUGUGGAUUUUGAAGUGGUUGGUGAAUUGGCAUCAGCAGAUCCUAAGGCUGGGAAGGCAUUCCCAGGCCAUCUCUGAGUCUGUGAGUUUUCCUGCUCUUGCUAUAGGAGUGGCAUUUUGUUGAUGAUAUGUGACAGGGAUUUUUGUUUUCUUUGUGAUUUUCUAUAUUUUUCAAGUCUUCUGUAAGGAAUACAUACAUAUGCACAUGCACACACAGUUUUUGUAGAAACAACAACAAAACCAAAAAGAGACACUUGUUUUUUUAUAGGGAGGAGAAAUACAUUUGUUUUAUAUUCUUGUUUUGUAUUUUGCAGUUUGUUCAUUAUUUUAUUGGGUAUUACUGGACGUUUUAAAUUAUUAUGUGGUUACUGUGUUUUUAUGUAUUGGGAACCCAUCUAUAUGUUUACCUUUUAUUUGUGGUAGUUGUAAGUUUUGAAUUCAUGGAAAUUCCUAUAACCUCUCCUCCAGGAAUGGCUAGGGGUAUUACAUAUGGAAGAGAGAGUUUCUGUUCUCAAGGAUCUGAUUGUUUUGAAAUGUAAUUGGAUUGAGCACGUUUGUAUGUUCGUAUUUCUGCUCGAUGCCAAACCCAUGGAUUUGGAGGAGUAUCAAUAAAUAUCCCAGAUUUUAUAUAAAACUUACAAGUUUUAUUUAUGCCCAAAACACUGAAAUUCUGCCCAACUUUGUUCAGUUUCCUGGGUCUUUUUCUUAUUAGCACAUUUGAAAAAAUGUUUCUUUCCUUUAAUGUUGUAAAUCUAUUAAAGGCAAUCACUGAUGAAUGUUUUUAAUUUAAAAAA